AUGAGCAUCACGCUCACCUCUUUAUCGGAGUCGCCGCCGUGCUACCUCCUGACGAUCGACUCGGCCAAGAUCCUCCUCGACUGUGGCAUCCACGACACGACUGCAGAAUUCCCUUCUUCUCGCAGUUCAACUUCAACCGAUCCCACUUCGACUUAUCUCGAGAGGUUGAGGGACCUCGCACCUUCGUUGAACCUCGUCAUCGUUACCCAUCCGCUCUUGACCAGUUUGGGUUUACUGCCUUGGUUGAAAGCCAAGUGUGGUCUACGAUGUCCCGUUUACGCGACCUUACCUACGAGGGAGAUGGGACGCUAUGCAGUGGAGGAAUGGGUUGUCGCGAGGAGUGAGGAGGAGGAGAAUGAGCGCUUUAGAGAGGGGGACGCUGCUUUGGACAAGGCGACGAUCAAACCCAAGGGCAAGGGGAAACGAACGAGGACGGAGGUAGAUGAUCAGGUCGUUAAAGCCGAAGGAGGAGAAGAAGUCACGAUGGACGGGAUGGAAGUGAAGGAGGAGGAUUUGAUGCAGCAGGUGUGGAAGUUGUCCGUUCACGAUGUCCGGCAGGCGUUCUUGACGGUCAAUGCGGUCAGGUGGACACAGCCUGUUCAUCUUUCAGGUCAGUCCGAGUCUUAUUCAUUGGGGUAUGGCAUGCUUACUGAUUAGACGCUUCUACAAAAUGUGCAGGCCCCUUGAAGGGGUACACCUUAGUCGCCCACCGAUCAGGUCACACCCUCGGAGGUUCCCUCUUUACAAUCCGACCUUCGCUCUCUUCCUCCCUGUCCCCAGCAAGCUCGGCCUCAUCGUUCCUUUACGCGCCUAUCUUCAACCACGUCAAAGAGCAUCAUCUCGACAGUUCGGCUCUGUUGAACGGAGCCAGGAUCGACGAGGCCAUGAGAAGGAUGGGUGUCGUUGUCGUUGGAGCCGAAAGGAGUUUAAUGGUCAAUGUCAAACGGAUGGACAAGGAAAAAACCUUCUUGGGUGCGUCACCGGGUCUUUGGGUAGGCUGAAACGAAAGAGCGCCAAGUCAUUCGAGACUUACUUGACCGUAUCACUUGCACAGAUUGCGUCACCACCACCAUGCGCAACAAUCAUUCGGUCCUUUUACCCGUCGAUGCCUCGGCACGCAUUCUCGAACUGCUCGUACUUUUGGAAACACAUUGGUCGUUUGAGAGUUUGGGGAGGCAGUUCCCUUUGUGUGUUGUUUCGAGAACGGCGAAGGAUGUGUUUGUUUUUACGAGGAGUUUAACGGAGUGGAUGGGAGGUCAGGUCGGGAGACAGGUGGGGGAUGAGAAGAUUCUCAAGUUCCCGUAAGGUCCCCCUUGCAUGUCAUCCGGCGAAGAUCGGUCAAAAGAGCAGCCCUGAUUGACCGAGUCCCUUUCUUUCUCCUCCCGCAGUAACGUCCGGAUUUACCCCUCCAUCGAAGCCCUCAACGCUGACAUCCCUCCCGAAGUCCCCAAGACGAUCCUGGUCACACCCCUCUCACUCUCGCACGGGUUCUCGCGCAAGCUCUUCGUCGACUUUGCCCAGGUCCCUGGAAACGUCGUCUUGUUGACUCAGACGAGUGACGAAGGGAGUUUGACGAGGUGGCUGUUUGGUCUUUGGGAUGAGGCACAGGCCGAGGGGGAGAAAUGGGGUGAGGGCAAAGUCGGUCGGGCGGUCAAGAUGGACAGGACUCUGGACCUCAAGGUGAGACUUGCUCUCGGAUCCAGUCCCCCAGUCGAACCCCAAUGACUGAAACCCAACACAAAAUUAUCACCGUAGAUGAAACGCAAAGUUUACCUCGAAGGCGAAGAACUCGAACGCCAUCUCGCUGCCGAACGUGAGGUUGAAGAACGUGAAGCGCGUCACCAAGCCGCUCUCGAUCGAUCUCGCCGGAUGUUGCAUACGCAAGGUGACAAUUCGGAUUCCGACUCGGACCUUGAUUCGGAGGUCGAAGACCCCGACGAAGCGAUCAAAGAAGAGGGCACGAUUGUCGUUCCUGCACCACGCAGAAGAACGGGUGGCUUCACGGGUGGUUUGGGUGCAUGGGACGAGUUCUUGGACGAAUCGAACCUCAGUGGUCGAGCGGCGACGUUCGAUAUUUACGUCAAGGGGGAGGCGGGAGUCAAGAGGGUUAUGGAUGGCUUGAAUCGGUAUCGCAUGUUCCCUGUUGUGGAGAGAAAGAGGAGGGUCGAUGCUUAUGGCGAGGCGAUUGAUAUCGAGGGCUGGUUGAAGAGGGGGAUCGAUGAGGAUCCCAUGACGAUGGGACUGGCCGUGGGGAACUCGAAUGCGGCGAAGCUGUUGGGUCAAGCGGCGGCGGCUUUGGGUGUUGGUGGAACGGGGGCGAGUAAGAAGAUCAAGAUGGAGGAGGAGAAGGUCAAGGAGAAGGAGGUGGAGAAACCGCACAAGUAUGUUGUCGACGAGGUGCAGGUGCGGAUCGUAUGCUCGAUUUUCGUGGUUGACUUCGAGGGCGCGAGUGAUGGGAGGGCUUUGAAGACCAUCUUGCCGCAGAUGAACCCGAGGAAAUUGGUGAGUGAUCUAGUAAGAAGUGUACUGUGUUUGACCUGGUGGCUCAUUACUUUUUUCAACUUUGGACAGGUCAUCGUCAACGGUUCCCAAGCCUCAAUCAACGAUCUUGCCGCGCACUGCCAAGCCGUCAACGCUUACUCUGAAGAGAUAUUCACCCCUUCUCUGAACGAAUCGAUCGUCGUCGGCCACGAAACCAAGAACUUCUCCAUCCGUUUGGGGGAUAGUAUCAUGGCUUCGUUGAGGUUGUCCAGAGUUGAGAGUUAUGAUGUGGCUUAUGUGUCGGGUGUGGUGAGGUUCGAUCCCGAGUCGGAUUUACCUGUUCUGGAGAAGGUAGGGGUGUUGGAGGGCGCGGGACAGUUGAGGAUUGAGGGGAACGCCGAGGCGGAGGUGACGGAAGAGGGAAUCAAGGUUGAACAAGGCGUCGAGGAGGAGGAGAAGGAGGGGGAGGAGCAAGACGAUAAGAUGGACGCCGAUUCGAUCACGCCCUCUACAAGCCUGAUCAAGACGCUUCCCCCUCUCCGUCCCUCACUCUUCAUCGGUGACCUACGUCUUACACUGCUCAAAGAACGGCUCGCAGCGCGCGGAAUUCCCUCCGAGUUCGCAGGUCAAGGCAUUCUUCUCUGUGGGCCUGCACCGCCUCAGUCGUUUGGGUAUAAGGGCGAGUUGAACUUGAGUGGUGGGAGAGUGGUGGUGAAGAAGAGUGGGAGGGGGAGGGUGAUGAUCGAGGGCACGCCGGGGGAGACUUAUCAUGUCGUUAGGGAGGUCGUGUAUAGCUUGCAUGCCCAGGCUGGGUAG